GAGCACAUGUAAACAUUCUGUCUGGCAGGCCUGGGCCCGAGCGGCCGGGAAGUCUGGGGCUGACCUGGCCGGAACUGCUCCAAACAAGGAUCUGCUCACUCAGGGGAAAGAUAAUGGAUGGGACCAAAAAUUUCAAUAUCCAGAAGAUGGAUGUGGAUCAAAGUCCUACAAGCCAGGAGACAGACAAAGAAGAGGACAACGUUGAUGUGAAUGAACUAGCUCUAGAGAUAGUGAAGAAUGCUAUCCGUGCUGCUGUUCAGAGUAUGGAAGAAGCUGAAAAGCCCAUCAAAAGCAUCAAAUGGAUCACACACGGUGAAUUCACAGCAGAAAGGGGCCGCAAACAGAUCGAGGAGUUUGUCCUGACGUGGGAGUAUCAGGACCGCUGGGUGCACUACACACAGUUUAUAGAGCGGGAAGACCGGAUUCACAGCUACCACUACAUCUACUGUGUACGCUGGAGCAUUCCAACCGCUAAGAGACCCAUGCCGCCAGUCACUGCCUCUGCCUUCUUCACCAUCAAGAUCACCAAAAACAAACCUCCAGAUAUGCCCAUUGAGAUCUCUUAUAUCUUUGAGGGCCUUUCGUUAGUUCACAGACCAGGAAUGACUCGCUUUCGAGAAAAAUGGCUGAGGGACAUUAUUGAGGCCAAAAAUAUUUUAAUGGAGUCAAUUCCCUUCUAAUUCAAUUGUGUCUAA